AUGAGUAAGCCUGCAUUCCAGCCGUUGGCCAACUUAGUUGGCUCUAACUUUUGUUUUUUGAACAGUAUUAUCCAGAAUCUAUGGAAUAUUAAGUAUUUCAAGGAUUCAAUCAUACAUACCUAUAUUCCCCAUCAAAGCAUUAAUGGACCGGGGAAAUGUACGUGCAUCUAUUGUUCACUGAGGGAUUUGUUGAUUAAUUAUGAUAGCAAAAGUUCGCUCGAAACGCUGAGUGCUGCGGACCUUCGUUCCGCCCUGGCAGCAUACUACAACAAACGAGCGAAUGAUAUGGAAGAUUCGUCAGAAGUAUUUCAAGAUAUACUGGAGUUUAUUCACCGUCUAUGCGGUUCCUGCUCUGGAACAGCGGGGAUGCAGCCCUCGCAGUGUAUCAGCCACAAAAUCUUUGCGUUUGAAUUAUUCGAAAAGAGUAUUUGCAGCUUCUGCGGAGAUGAGAGCGGUGCUUCGAAUACCGCCUUUUACUACCAACUCAUUGUGGAGCAGCUUUUCUCCACAAUGGACUUCUACAAAUCCGCGCAGAUCCGCCAAGAAGACUACUUGGCCUCGCUGCUCCUGCUCUCCAUGAAAACCGACUAUCCGCGCUGCCUUCUCUCGAUGGACUGUCCCGGCCAGUUCUGCAAAUGCGAUACGCUCAAGACGCUCCCUCCCGUCUUUACGCUGAGCUUCGUGUACUCCACCGAUCACAUGCCCAAAGACCGUCUCCGGCCGCUCUUCUACUCGCUCGUGAUGCCGCUGAACCUGGGAAUGCUCAAGCGCGACGGCCUUUCCGACCGGCAGGGCAUGAUGUACCAUCUCGUUGGCAUGGUUCUCUACUACGGCCAGCACUACGUCGCGAUCUGCCUCUACGAGUACCAAGGCAAGUUCUACUGGAUGGAGUGCAACGACACCAAGUUCCGCUACUUCACCGACGACGCCUCCAUGAUCGACCACUGCGUCACCUCCGCCUACCAGCCCGUCCUUCUCUUCUACCAGCAGGACAGUCUCGAUCUCGACCCCAGCGCCCUCUUCGCCGCCGCCGCUCCCGCCAUGCAGCCCGCCGCCUGGGCGAACCCCGCCGAGCCGCCGCAGCAGCCGUUCGCUGCGUCGUCUAUGGCCGGCUUCCCCGCGAUGGACCCUGGCAAUGCGCAGCUGGCCUACGCCCCUGUGGAUCUCUCGCAGUCGCAGGUGCAGAGCGCGCCGAUGCCCGCCUUCCCGCCGCAGGGCGCCGAGGUGAUUCACGAGCCGCUCCCUGGGAACAGCGCCUACGUGGUUCCCGCGCGCCCCCAGUAUCCUGCCGGCGUCGCGCCCCUCGCCCCGGCCCCCAUGGCGCCGCAGCCGCAGCCGCAGCCCAGUGUGAUUCCGAUCAGCCAGCUGCCGAGCGCGCCGAGCGGGCCGCUGCAGCCGGCGGCGAUGGCGAUGGAGCAGCUGCCUCCGGCUCCGCAGACAAUGCGGCAGCCCGUGCAGGAGAUGUACUACUCGGAGCCUGGGCCCGAAUUGUCCUAUCCCGGGCCUGUGCAGGAGAUGCGAUAUCCCGAGCCGGUGAAGGAGCCUGUCCAGGGACAGAUGGAGUUGCCCUUGCCCAGCGUACCUAUGGCUCCUGCUCCUGCUCCUGCUCCUACGCCUGCUCCUGUGCCAGCUACAACGUCUAUGCCUGCUCCAGCACCAGCACCAGCACCGGCACCUGUUUCAGCACCUGUGCCUGCUCCUGCUCCAACGUCUGUGCCUGCUCCUGCUCCAACGUCUGUGCCAGCUCCAGCUCCAGCUCCUGCUCCUGCUCCUGUUUCAGCGCCUGUGCCAGCCCCAGCUCCUGCUCCUGCUCCUGCUCCUGCUCCUGCUCCAACGCCUGAUGUGUCCCAAUUCCAGAAUGUCUCUCAUGUUCCUGAUCCUGCGAGCCAUCCGGAGCAGCCUGUCAACACUUUGGCUAGUGUGGCUAGCGUGGCUAGCGUUGUCAGUGUUGCCAGCAAUGCCAACGUUCCUCAGGUCGAGCAACCGCUUCCAGUAGUGCCUCAGCCUGCUCCUCAGCCUACACCUCAGCCUGUGUCUCAGCCUGUGUCUCAGCCUGUGCCUCAAGUUGUAUCUCAACCUGCUCCCCAGCCUGUGUCUCAGCCUACACCUCAACCUGUGUCUCAGCCUACACCUCAGCCUGUGCCUCAAGUUGUGUCUCAACCUGCUCCCCAGCCCGUGUCUCAGCCUACACCUCAACCCAUAUCUCAGCCUGCUCCUCAGCCUGCUCCUCAACCUGCACUUCAGCCUGCACCUCAGCCUGUGCCUCAACCCAUAUCUCAGCCUGCUCCCCAGCCCGUGACUCCUCAACCCGUGACUCCCGUGACUCCUCAGCCCGUGUACCAGUCCGUUCCCCAGCCAGCGCCUCAAGCUGUUUCCCAGCCGGUGAUUCGCGGUGCUCCCCAGCCCGUGUACCAGCCCGUUCCCCAGGAAGCGGAGUACCGUCGCUCCUAUCCCCAGCAGGCUCCUUCCUACGCUCAGCCCUACGUCCAGGGACCCCCGCCCACCGCUCCCUACUCCACUCCCCAGCCAGCGCCCGCCUACUCCACUCCCCAGCCAGCACCGACGUAUUCCCAGCCCUAUCCUCCCGUCCCUGCCUCGGUGCAGCAGUACAGCGUGCCUCGCUAUUCUCCCAGGCCCCAGUACUCCCCGGUCCCGCAAUAUGUUCCCGCGCCUCAAUACGCGCCUGUGCAGCAACAGCAGCAGUACACGCCGCAGCCAGUGCCUCAAUACGUGCCUGUGCAGCAGCCGCAGCAGCAGUACUCGAGAGUAGCGCAGCCAUAUAAUGCGCCUGUGCCGCAACCUGCUUAUUCGAAUCCUUAUGGUUAUCAGCCCUACGCCACCGUGCCAACAUCGUAUACGCCUCCACAGACGAGAUAUACGCCUCCCCAACAAGCACCAGGAAGUAAUAUGGGCAAUGGAUAUAUGAGAUAUUGAGCAUAAUAAUGGUUUUGCUUUUGUUA